GACGGUUCCAGGGCAUGCUAAUGAGGGGCUGGUCGCCGCCGCCCAUUGGCCGGCCGCGGAGUGUCGGUGAAGUCAGCUCGGAGUAGCAGAAAAACAGAGCGGGGCUGACUGCAGCGUGGAGCGCGAGCCGGGCUGGACGCGCGCAGCCCUCGCCGGAGACCCGCGAGGAAUUGGCAUCCAUUGGAAGAAUCUGCAAGCCUCUCUCUGCCCAGAGCUCCAGGACCAAUGUGUCUUCCCACUACCAUAAGCCACUGAGCCGUCCCGAGCUGCAGCUGUAGAAGACUUUCCCCACCACCAGCAUGAGUUCUGAAUGUGAUGUUGGAAGCUCUAAAACUGUUGUGAAUGGCUUGGUACCUGGCAGCCAUGGGCAAGACAAAGCAACUGCCGACCCUUUACACGCUCGGUCUGUUUCUGCUGUUAAAAUAAUUCCUGUGAAGACAGUGAAAAGCCCUUCAGGGCUAGUACUCCCUCCAGACAUGGACCCGACAAAAAUCUGCACUGGAAAAGGAACAGUGACUCUUCGGGCCUCGUCUUCCUACAGGGAAUCCCCAAGCAGCAGCCCCGUGAGCCCUCAGGAAUCUCCCAAGCAUGAAAGCAAGUCAGGCCUGGAGCCAGAGGACCCUUCAGCAGAUGAGUGGCGACUUUCUUCCAGUGCCGAUGCCAAUGGUAACGCCCAGCCCUCCCCACUUGCUGCCAAGGGCUACAGAAGUGUGCAUCCCAGCCUUUCUGCUGACAAGCCCCAGGCUCUGUCUCCCCCACGCCUUCCUUUCCCUCAGAAGGACCGCUUUGCAUGGCAGCUCCCUGAUGUCCACCGUGCCUACAAGGACUCCCUCUACAUGAGCUCACCAAAGCCUUACAUCCUGCCCAGCACCCCCGUCCAGCAGAACCCCUCACUGCCUCCACCCAUCUCUGUUCCCCUCGCAGCUAGACUGGCUCCCAGAGGCGCAGCGUGUCCUGAGUCAUUGCUUUUGGGGUCCACGGUCCUCGAUGCUUCCUCCCGACCCCAGCAACACUAUGCAGCCUCCAGAUUAGUGUACAAUAAGAAUGUGAGCUCUAACCCACGUCAUGAGGCCACAGGGAAUAAAAAGAUCAGCAGCUUAUAUGUCCCGUGUUUAUCCAAUAACAUUUGCCGGGCAACAUUGGAAAACUACCCUCCUGUUGCACGUGACUCAGCCAAAGACACUCCCUCGGAGGCUGCAGGCACCCAGGCACCAGCUCCCAGCCUUGUCCCUGGCACAGCCACAGCCAGCACAGGAAAACCACCCCCUGCUCCUCCUCCUGACCCUCCCAAGCUGUUCUUUGACCACUGCAAAGAUGCUGGUAACCUUGGUGAGAAUCCCACACUGGGGACAUGGGCCUUGUUCCCAGAUGCAGUGAGGCCUCCCGGGCUAGGCCCCCAGGUUACCUCUGAUCCCGAAAACAAGAAGAACAAAGAAACAUACCUUUUGCAGCCGUGUUGUCCAGCCAAGGAUGCCACCUCCUCCAGCCCAGCCCCGUCUGAGAGGCGGCCCCACCACAGCCAGCCAGCCAGUGCUUGUGGCUCCCUCCCCCCUGCUAGCCAGAGGCCACCACCCUCACCACCACCUCCGCUGGUCCCUCCCAUACCGGAGGACCUCCACAGAGGCUUGGAGCCUGACCUCCCGGGAGCUGUCUCGAGUACCGGCAGUCCUUUACUAAAUGAAGUUUCUUCUUCCCAUAUUGAAACCGAUUCCCAAGCCUUCCUUCCAGCAAGCAAACCGUCAUCUGCCUACCCCUCCACCACAAUCGUCAACCCCACCAUUGUGCUCCUGCAGCACAAUCGAGAACAGCAAAAACGGCUCAGUAGUCUUUCAGAUCCUGCCUCAGAGAGAAGAGUGGGUGAGCAGGACUCAGUGCCAACCCCGGCAGAACUCCCCUUGCCUAGCAGGGCUGCUGAGAGGAGAGCUAAAGAUGACAGCAGGCGGGUGGUGAAGAGCGCACAGGACCUCAGCAAUGUGUCUAUGGAUGAAGUGGGCAUCCCACUCCGGAAUACCGAGAGAUCGAAAGACUGGUACAAAACCAUGUUUAAACAGAUCCACAAGCUGAACAGAGAUGAUGACUCUGAUCUGCACUCCCCUCGAUAUUCCUUUUCUGAAGACACAAAGUCUCCCCUUUCUGUGCCUCGUUCAAAAAGUGAGAUGAACUACAUUGACGGGGAGAAAGUAGUGAAGAGGUCGGCCACACUCCCGCUCCCAGCCCGCUCAUCUUCACUUAAGUCCAGCCCAGAGAGAAACGACUGGGAACCCCCAGAUAAGAAAGUGGAUACAAGAAAAUACCGAGCAGAGCCCAAAAGCAUUUACGAGUAUCAGCCGGGCAAGUCUUCCGUUCUGACCAGUGAGAAGAUGAGUCGGGAUAUAAGCCCAGAAGAGAUAGAUUUAAAGAAUGAACCUUGGUAUAAGUUCUUUUCGGAAUUGGAGUUUGGGAAACCGCCUCCCAAAAAGAUAUGGGACUAUACUCCUGGAGACUGCUCUAUCCUUCCUAGAGAGGAUAGAAAGACUAAUCUAGAAAAAGAUCUCAGCUUCUGCCAAGCAGAGUUAGAGGCAGAUUUAGAGAAAGUGGAGGCGGUUAAUAAGUCACCCAGUGCAAACUCACCACAGAGCUCAGCAGUCAGCCCGACUCCAGAUGUUACAUCAGAGCCUCCUGGAUAUAUAUACUCUUCCAACUUCCAUGCAGUGAAGAGAGAACCAGAUGGGACCCCCGGGGUUCUCGCUAGCUUGGAGAAUGAGAGGCAGAUUUAUAAAAGUGUCUUGGAAGGUGGCGACAUCCCUCUUCAGGGCCUGAGUGGGCUCAAGCGACCCUCCAGCUCAGCUUCCACUAAAGUGGAUCGUAAAGGCGGGAAUGCUCACAUGAUUUCUUCAUCAUCAGUCCAUAGCCGAACGUUUCACAAUAGCAAUGCUUUAGGCCCCGGGUGUAAGCACAAGAAACCCCUGUCGGCUGCGAAAGCCUGCAUUUCGGAGAUCCUUCCUUCUAAAUUCAAACCCAGGCUCUCUGCUCCCAGCGCUCUUUUGCAGGAACAGAAGAGCGUCCUGUUGCCCUCAGAGAAGGCUCAGAGCUGUGAGAACCUCUGUGUUUCUCUGAAUGAUUCCAAAAGAGGCCUCCCACUCCGGGUUGGGGGGAGCAUCGAGAACCUGCUCAUGCGCUCGCGGCGGGAUUACGACAGCAGGUCCAGUAGCACUAUGAGCCUACAGGAGUAUGGCACCAGCGCCAGGAGGCCCUGCCCUCUUUCCAGAAAGGCCGGACUGCACUUCUCCAUGUUCUACCGGGACAUGCACCAGAUCAACCGAGCUGGCCUCUCCUUAGGCUCCAUCUCCUCCUCAAGUGUGCGGGAUCUUGCCUCCCACUUUGAAAGGAGCAGCCUGGCACUAGCCAGGGGUGAGCUGGGCGCUAGCCAGGAGGGCUCAGAGCAUAUUCCCAAGCACACUGUGUCUUCCCGUAUCACGGCCUUUGAGCAGCUCAUUCAGCGGUCUCGGUCCAUGCCAUCCCUGGACUUCUCUGGCAGGCUGAGCAAGUCGCCUACACCUGUGCUGUCUAGAAGCGGCCUGACGUCAGCUCGUUCAGCUGAGUCCCUCCUUGAGUCUACCAAGCUCCGUCCCAGAGAGAUGGAUGGCAUGAACUCGGGAGGGGUCUAUGCGUCCCCCACAUGUAGUAAUAUGGCGGACCAUGCCUUGAGCUUCAGGAGCCUUGUGCCUUCUGAGCCCCUUUCUAUCUGUUCAGAUGAGCUAGACCACUGUUCAAAUGUUUCUAAUGACAGCAGAGAGGGCAGCGGGGGCAGUGUUCAUGGAGACUUCCCCAAACAUCGCCUCAACAAGUGCAAGGGCACCUGCCCGGCGUCAUACACCCGAUUCACGACUAUCCGGAAGCAUGAACAGCAACAGCAGUCCUCCAGGCAGCCAGACUGGCGCUCCGAUUUCAGAGGGGACAGGAACAGUCUCCUCAGAAACAUCUACCUGAUGAGCCCCCUCCCCUUUCGGUUGAAAAAGCCCCUCCAACACCACCCCAGACAGCCUCCCCCCAAUGACUCCUCAGGGCCCCCCGCCAGCCAGAAGGCAGACCUCCCCAGCCAGGGCCCUCAGGACCAGCCCCACUCGGCAGCGGGGAAACCCUUGGUCCCCACCCGUCUGUCUUCCCGACACACCAUGGCAAGGCUUAGCCACAACUCAGAGCCCUCUCUGGACAGAUCGGCAGGCCUGGAGGAUUGCACGGGAGCCAUUAAUAAUGGAAAUCCUGUGCCCUGCUCAGACCAUGGCUUGGACAGGAACAACAACCCACAAAGUGAACUGGCAGCAGCCCGUGGAGAUUCGGAGUCACCAAGACAUUUUAUACCAGCUGAUUACUUGGAGUCCACAGAAGAAUUUAUCCGGAGACGGCAUGAUGAUAAAGAGAAACUUUUAGCGGACCAGAGACGACUUAAGCGUGAGCAAGAAGAGGCCGAUAUUGCAGCUCGACGCCACACGGGUGUCAUCCCGACGCAUCAUCAGUUUAUCACUAAUGAGCGCUUUGGGGACCUCCUCAAUAUAGAUGAUACUGCAAAAAGGAAAUCUGGGUUAGAGAUGAGACCUGCCCGAGCCAAAUUUGACUUUAAAGCUCAGACACUGAAGGAGCUGCCUCUGCAGAAGGGGGACAUUGUUUACAUCUACAAACAGAUUGAUCAGAACUGGUACGAAGGUGAACACCAUGGCCGGGUGGGAAUCUUCCCACGCACCUACAUCGAGCUUCUGCCUCCAGCUGAGAAGGCUCAGCCCAGAAAGUUGGCACCUGUGCAGGUUUUGGAGUAUGGAGAAGCCAUUGCUAAGUUUAACUUUAAUGGUGAUACACAAGUAGAAAUGUCCUUCCGAAAGGGAGAGAGGAUUACACUGCUCCGACAGGUGGACGAGAACUGGUACGAAGGGAGGAUUCCCGGGACGUCCCGCCAAGGCAUCUUCCCCAUCACCUAUGUAGACGUGCUUAAGAGGCCGUUGGUGAAGAACCCGGUGGAUUACAUCGACCUGCCUUAUUCUUCCUCCCCCAGUCGCAGUGCCGCCGCGAGCCCACAGUGUACUAGUCACAGCAAGCUCAUCAUGCCAGCCCCUUCAUCUCUACCCCACCCCCGCCGAGCCCUGUCCCCUGAGAUGCACGCCAUCACCUCCGAGUGGAUCUCGCUGACUGUUGGGGUCCCAGGCAGGCGUUCUCUGGCCGUGACACCACUGCCUCCUCUGCCUGAGGCUUCUGUCUAUGACAUGGACCCCUUGGCCUUGUCAGCGAGGGCCCGCCCCUCCCUGCCACUCAGCCUCCCCUAUUCAGGUCGGUCAGCGACUUCCCCGCUGGCCCUGCCUCCACCUCACAAAGCCUACUCCCUGGCACCCAGUGCCCAGGCUCCUCUUCACGUCAAUGGAGAUGGUGGUAUUCACAUCCACCAAGAUGGCUUCUCUCAGCCACCACUUGGGAACUCUGAUAGGGUCAUCUCAGAGCUUAGUGGUGCCUUUAGCAGCCAGAGCAAGAGACAGCCCUGGCGAGAAGAUGGACCUUAUGAGAGGAAAGCAGAGAGCGAGGCAGGUGAGAGAUGCCCUGGUGGACCCAAGAUCUCUAAGAAGAGCUGCUUGAAACCUUCAGACGUGGUCAGGUGCCUGAGUUCUGAGCAGAGACUCUCAGAGUUCCACACUCCUGAUCACAGCCAGCCCUUCAAGCCUCUGGGUAGCCCUUUCCCAGCAUGGGAGGCUGGGCCACCAGACCUUCACAGAGGUAUCGAGGCUGACAGAAAGGCUGCUCAGAGUGGUGUAAGCCAGCAACCUCAAGCCCAGCAGCGGAGAGUCACCCCAGACAGGAGUCAGACCUCCCAGGAUUUAUGUAGCUACCAAGCAUUGUAUAGCUAUGUGCCACAGAACGAUGAUGAGUUGGAGCUCCGAGAUGGAGAUAUCGUUGAUGUCAUGGAAAAAUGUGACGAUGGGUGGUUUGUUGGCACUUCGAGAAGGACGAGGCAGUUCGGUACUUUUCCGGGCAACUAUGUAAAACCUUUAUAUCUAUAAGAAGACUGAAAAUCACAGAGAUUAUUUUUCUCAGAGGAUGGAGCAUCAUUCAUGGACUGGUCUCUUUAUUUAAAUAUUGAGUCAGUAGGAAAAUUAAUGCAGUUGGUAAAGAAUUCAAAAAGAGGAACAAAGAAGUGUGUUUAAAACCCACUGUGUGUCAGGGCUUAACUGUGUGCUGAGGAAAUUGGUAUUUAUGUGGCUGCUUCUGGGAGCUGCUCCAGCCCCCACAGCUUGGGUAAUCUGAUCUGGAGUAGUGUCCUGUGAGCAGCAUUAGCCAAAAAGGUGUACAGUCUUUACCCACUUGAAUUUCAAAGGGCCCCCCUGGGGCCAGAUAGGUCAAUCCCCAGCGUGUUCCGCAGGCCCCAAGUCUGAGCGUUACUGACCACCCCUGCCUCUAUCCCUGGCUGUCCCAGAGCCAGCAGACUGCCAGUGCUGCUAGAGGCCGGUCUGAGUUGCUGAGGUUUUCCUUCAGCACCAUGACUUGAUGAGGUCUGGGUAAAGAAAUGGAAGCAGACCGAGCACCCUGGCAUUCAGCCUGCUGGGUGACAUUGCUCUUGACUGCUCUGAUAUUCAGACAGAAAAGCAUGCCAUGUUUGUCCUGAGCUUGGGAGCAGGUGGCCAGGCAGAUAGGUUACAUUUGUGUUUCCACGGACUAAGCCAGUCACCUUGGGGCUCUGGAAGUCACUCGAAGUAUACUCCUUUCCUGGUCACUAUCCCUGGCUGGGCAGGGUUGGACGUGCCUUUUUUCUCUGGCUUAGCAUGGGCUUGAUUGAUAUGGCUGAGCCCAUAGAGUCCAGACUGGCCUCUAGCAGUUCUCUUAGCAUGGGUAGAUGUAAGCUGGCUGCUGAGGCACCAUGGUAAGGCACUCUCAGACCUGGGGGGACCCCAGUAUUGCCUGUGGAGGAGUACAGAGACCACUGGGAUUGUUGCCUUACCUGACCCUUGUCCCCUCCUGCCCACCACCCUGAGCCAGGGAGUCUUGGUGCACAUGGUGAGACCUCCAUUCAGAGCUGAGGGAUUAUACACUGUCUUGGGUAUGAAGCAGCAAUUCUGCUCCUCCUGAUGGCAACCAGGAGUCUAUCCGCUGUGACACCUGGGCAUUGAGCACCACUCUGAUUCUCUGUUAGAUCCCCAAUUGACACAAAGAUAGGUAUGGCCUGUUCCCAGAGCUGAGCUUGCCAGGGGUUCAGCUGCAUGGAUGACAUAGGAAAAGGAGCCCAAUCUAGAGAGACUGUGAUACGUGCAGAGGGUGUGAGAAGGGAUGAGUUUCUCCUGGGGGAGGGGGCACCUUAGAAAGCAUUGUCAGGUUCUCAUCUCCCUCAGCUCACUUCUGAACAAUGAAGAUGCUGGGAGAACCUUUGUCUGAGGGUAGUUUAUGUCUGGGAAUACUUGGAUUUUUUUUUUUCCAGAGUCUCAGCCUUUUAUUCUACCCACAAAUACAUGUACAAGGUCACGAAUACCAGGAAUUGUAGGUGAUGGGGGUAUAUACUGGAACCCCUGGCUCUCUGCAUGUAGUUCAGAAUCACGCGAACCACUAUCCCGAAGUCUGGAGUCUACAAGUUGGCAACAUUUGUUUUUAGUGACUGCCUUGAUUGCUGUCCCAGACAGUAUAGGAUCCCACUUGCUUCCCCCACCUACCCGUCAGCCACAGUUCUCAAAGGAAGCUCUCAGGAAAGAAUUUGCCACUGAUUGGUCCACACUGAAAAAUCAAAGACUGAUAGGAGGAAUGUGUUGCCUCUUCCAGGAGACAUAACUUUUAGCUGACAGAGCAGAGCCCUUAGUCCCAAGGGGAAAGGGUGUGGAACUGAAGGGUAGAAACUUCCUGGGCAGAAAAGAGCUGGUGACUCUAUGACCUGUUGCUUUGGAAGCCUGCUUCCCUGGCCAAUAUCGCCGCUUUCUGUUUCUCUUUGCCCCUCUCAGAGGGAGUGUAGCAGAAAAAUCAAUAAUAAAUAAAUGCGUAUGUGCAUUUUUACCCACUUGGAAUGCAGUCCUUGCUCUCUCCUAGAUGCCAAUCAUGAAUAGUGCAAUUGUAUCUAAAUUUCCUGAGGGGGUGCUUUUUGAUUAAUUAGGCAAUUUCAAACACCCCUUUAAAUACAGCUAGAAAAUAAAACCAUUUUGUAAAAGCCACAUUUGCAUCCAAUGCCAGCCUCACACAGAGUAUCUUCCAAAAUCCAGGUAUGCCCAUCUUUAAUAAAAUCUUUCCAGCUUCCUACGUAUGAAAAAAAUAAAAUAAAAAGAGCAGAGAUUUCCAAUUACUCCUUUGUCUUCAGACAUUUAGUAAUAUAAAGUACCUAUUUUUAUGCUGAAAUGUUUAUACAGGUUUAUUAACAGCAAGCGCAACUAACUGGCAGCAUGCCUCACAACAUGUUUUGAUAUAUCAGCCAUGCUUCCAGGUAAAGGCACGCCCCAAACUACUUACCUUUUGCAGUCUCUCUGGAAUUGGUAGAAGAAAAAAACAUCACGUUUGAGAAGUGGGACUGUAAAUAUGUAAUGUAUAUUUAACUUUGUGUAGCCCAUGUACCUACCUUGUAUAGAAAAUAAUUUUUAAAACUCGAGCAGAAAUGGAGUAAAAUAAGGAAGUCAUGAAGGGUUUUUUCCCCCCACUUUUAUUUAAAUGAAGGAAUUUCAAAUAAUUCACCUGCAGACUUUUAGCACAAAAAUAGUCAUUGGAAAUUGUUAACAUAUACGGUUGUUCUUUGGGGAAGAGAAGACAACUAUAAUAUCAUUUACAGUUUUCUUUUUGCAGUUCUAUUUAUCUGCAGUAGUAUUAAAUCCUAUUGCUGGAAUAGGUUACUACCAAAAAAAGAUUAUACUCAGAGAAAAAGAUAACUGACAUAUGUAACCUAUUAAGGUAUUGCAUUUAAAUUCCACACCAAGUGCAUGUACUAUGCAGACACAGAUUUUUUUUGUUCAUUUAUUUUUCUUUAUUGCAGUGGAUUGAUUUGAUAGACAUGUUGAAUUACUACUUUGAUGUACAUAUUAUUUAAUAAACUUUAUUCAGAAUUGCGUGGCACCUUUGUGAAUAAACUUUAUUCAGAAUUGCGUGGCA